AUGUAUUCUCGAAUCUUGCAGUACGCCGCCGUAGCGGCCGUUACCUUCGCUGGGUGGUCGGCUGCACUGCCAACCGUGGAGCGCGGAGUCCAAACACCACCUUUAGUCAGAAUUAAGAGAGCGGCACCUGCCUUCGAGUGGGAUUACAGUCUCCCCAACGCACAGGAGCAGCGCGAAAAAGCCGGGGAGGCGUGGGUAGGCAUGAUACUCCUAGCAAACAUGGUGUACCACAAAAACAUCGACCCAAACAGAUGGCCACGAAUCUUCAAGCAUUACUUCAACGAUGAAGACCAGGGGAAAGUCGACAAGAUCUUCAGCAUGCUCGUGGGCGAAGGCGAAAAAGAAGACCCAAACGGCGGAGCAGCGUUCAUGUCAGAUAUCAUCAUUACUAACAGGCCCGUACCAAAACAUGAAGCAAAAUGCGAUGAAUAUGGAACAGUAGCCUUUACAGCCAAAAUCAACAUCACCCCACCUAAGUUCGUUAUCAGGCUCUGCGAUGCGGCAUACAUCUACCCUCUGUACACAAAGACGGGUUGUGAUAAACUGGGCGAUACAGCAAGCGGCUGGAUGGCAACUUUAGACGGUGUCAUAUUACACGAGAUGAUGCACGUUGAAACACUAUGCAUACCCGCCACAGGCAAAUAUAUACAAGACUACGGCUUAGCCGGUUACGGGCCAAAGAACACGCGCAGCUUCAAGGACAAUCCAGCAAACGAACCGACAAACAAUGCUGACCAGUACCGUUGGUACGCGCAGGAACUUUUCUGGACAGAGCUGUGCGAUAAAGAAUUUAAAGACGCGACAAUGAACGAUGAUUAUCCUGAAUUAGAACCCCCACCAAAAAGUUCGCCGCCUCCACCUCCACCGGCUGUUGUGAAGACCAACGCGCUCUCCAUCAUUUUCCAGAAGUCCCUUGACGAAAUAGGCGAGGGAUACGACUGGCUCUUCUUUCCCGGAAAAAAGGGCGAGGCCAUGCUAUGCCAUGAUCAGAAAGACAGUUGGCAUUUCACCUCGCAGGUGGGUAUGAACAAGGAUGGCAUUCCUCCGUGGCCCACAGGGACGUUCCACUUCGAUAACCUGUUUGGGCGCGUUUGCGAUUACAAGAACGACGGAACAGACAAUCCCGGUAUGCUUUGGUGCAAGGAUAAGGAUGGUCAGAAUCUUAAGGAUGUUGGUAUCCAAUGUUAUUCAGACAACAUGAGAACGACGAAGACGACGAAACAGUGUACGAAGUCGGGAUUGAUACCAUCAAUAGAUCAUGUUGCGGUGGCAUACUGCGAGUGGUGAAGAGGAUCAAGGUGCAAGAGUUGCACUUAGCUGGUCUAAGACUGUUUUCUUAGGCGUUAUUUCCUUCUUUCUUACGCUAUUGCUAUUUAUUGGGGUAGAGCCAAGGAGGGAUUGUUGCCAGUGCUAUAUCCUAGAGUCUCAUAGGUAUCGUACCGUA